GACUUUGGCCACCACCAUCGCAAACUCGAGGGCAUCCCAUUGUUCUCCCGCGCUAGCUUUUUGACUCACGUGCGCUACAGUACAAAAGGCGUCGCAAACCUCGCAGCCUACCCAACGCCGCCACCGGUCACCUAUUUACACCACAUAAGCCUCGCUUUAUAAGCGCUGACUACUACGACAUGGAGAACCUGGAACAGACCCGCAAGCGGCAUCGCGAUAACGCUGCGAGAGGCAGAACUCGUGCCUGCCAGCCGAACCUAUUCUUCGCGACCUACGCACCCAAGCACAAGCUCCUUUCUUCUUCGCAAAGGACGAAUCUGGUUCGGGCGCUCACCAAAGCGUCUGCUUUCCACCCCAGCACCAAUGAAUGGGCUGCCCUCCCAAUGCCACGCACUCAACGUAUCAAUGCCGACCCGAAGAACCCCGUAUACAAGAAUGAGGACGCUCACUUCAAGGGGCUGGAAACGGUGGUUGCGCAGAUUCUUUCUGCGGCGGAGGAGACCUUGCCCAAGCGCUACAGUCCGGAGAAGCGCACCACGGAAUUCAUGUGUCAACCGACUCGUAUUACCCUGUCCGAGACGACUGGGUCCUCUCAGCGCAUGGAUAACUUCUUUGUACGCCGGACGUCUUCGUACCCUUCCGGCCUGGAUCUCAAAAGGAAUCCGGAAGUCUCGGUAGAAGAGACUGAGGCUCCUCGUGUUAUAUACACCGCCGACGUCACCGCCGCCGGCGAAUCCAAAACGGACGAGAAACCCAUCGACAAGCUCGAUAAUCAGAAGAAAGUUUGCGGCCACCAGGGCCACAUCUUUCAGAACGACAUUGGCCGCUUCGCUGUCUUCACGUACACCAUUGAACGCUCGAAACUGCGGAUCUGGUUCCAUACGCGAUCCCACUCAGCAGUCACGACCGAGAUUGAUAUCUACAACCAUGACGAGGGAUGGUUCUUCGAAUUCAUCCUCUUCAUGACCUACGCGCCGUAUCACGAGCUUGGUAUCGACCCUUCUGUUAGGCGUGUUCUGGACACGAAACGGCGUCUGCAGUAUCAUUUCGACAUCUACCCCUCGAAGCGCUCGAAGAAGCCUGUCACCUACCAGACGGUACGAGUUCUGGACGAAUCCUCCGGCCAGACCGUGUACUCUCGGGCGAUGCGCGUUUUCGAUGUCCGCCUAGUCAUCAAGAAUUCCGAUGAUCCCGAGGAGCGAACACUGGCCGAGGAGGCGAACGUGCUUCGUGACUACUGGGUGUACGACGACGUGAGCGACGAGAAGGUCAUCCAGUCGCGCAUCCUCGAGCGUAUAGGGAAGCUCAAGGGCGUCGCGAGCAAAGCCAAGAAGCAUUUCAUGGCGAUCUUGCAAGAUGGCAUUGUGCGCCAUCCAUCCAUUAAGGAUGAGAAGAGCGGCACGGUGCCUUCCCCGCCCAAGGCAGCGAAACCCUUCCGUUUCGAGCUCGACGACAAUCCCGCGCGCGCCAAGCCUGCCAAAUCCCAGAUAAAGGAGUCCGAGGAAGUUAGGACGCCGGCAGCUCUGCAGGGGAACAUUCCCGGCGCACCGAAGAUCGACGCUGUCCCGUUGCUACAACUCCAUGGGAAGAAGCACUGCCGCACCGUCUACAAGCAGCUCUGCAUGGAUCUCUACAAAGUCAACGACCCCGCCGUCUUCUUUCAUGCUCUGGCCGAAGUAAUGCAAAUCUUGCACUACUUCAAGCUCAUCGGCUACGUACACCGGGACGUGAGCCCGGGCAACUUCCUUCUUCAUCACAUCUCUGGCGCGCUGCCGGAACUCCCGCAGCAGAUAACUCGCAAUGUACUGAAGGAGUGGGUGACCAUUGUCUCCGACCUCGAGUACGCCAGACCAUACACCGGAAGUCUGGGCCACGAUCCCCUCACGGGCACUGUGUAUUACACUGCGAUUGAGGUGCAAGGUGGCAGGCAUCGCUUCGUCGACGCUGCGGACACCGACCUGGACGAGGAGCCUACCGUUAAGGCGCAGGAUACGAAGAACGACCCUACGUCCAAUUUCGCGUUCACCUUCUACCACGACAUCGAGUCCGCCGUAUGGAUGGCUAUCGACUUCAUCACGCGCAAGAUGCCAAAGACGAUACUGGACGGUCGUUCUGCUCGCGCAGAGGAGGGAAGGGUCCGUCACGCGUAACGACUUCGUCACCGAUCCGCAAGAGACACGGAAGGUACAUGACAAGAUCAAGGACGUCUACGCUGGUACACCGGUUGCAGAGGUCAUUAGUCUUGUGCAGAAGCUACGGAGGGCAUACAAAUCGCUCGAGCAGCCCAAAGCUCGGACGACGAAGGUCAAGAACAACUGCCGCAUAUUCCACCCCGAUCUCUUC